AUGGCACUGGCACUGAGACUGUAUCGCUACUACGGCGCACACCCCUCGGCCAGCCCGCCCGUCCGCCCCAAGACUGUCGAAGCAAAGCAAUGGGAUCUGGCCACGACGGACGCGCUCGGUAGAACCAUCUCCGCCUCCUCGACAUCUGCCUCCUCAGGCCCACGAGUUCACAGCACAAUGGACAUUACCCGCGGCUCCAUGUCCAGCAGCUCCACCCAGAGCACAAAGGACGAUGCCGCCGGCCCCCCUAGCGACCCCUUUGUCCUGCGCCAUGGCCGACGAUACAUUCGGAGCGCUUCCGGCUACCCUCUGCCCUGCGACCUGCCCGAACUCCAUCGCCAGAAUCUACAAACCCUCCUUGCCACCGCCGUCUUCGGUAGAGCCUUGGGCUCCACCCCCUCGCAGCCGCCCCGAAAAGUAUUGGAAGUCGCCUGCGGCUCAGGAUACUGGUCCGCCGUGUGUCACGAAUGGCUGAGUGGGCAGGGCUACGAAGACGUCUCCUUUACCGGCUUGGACAUUGUGCCCUUGGCCGGAGACCUACAGCGCCAAGGCAUCGAUUGGAAGUUUGUGCAGCAUGAUCUGCGCAAGCUGCCGCUGCCCUUUGACGAUGAGGAGUUUGACAUUGUCGUCAUGAAGGACCUGAGUAUGGUGGUGCCUCUGGGAGCGCCGUCGCAAAGGACCCUUGACGAGUGCAUGCGCAUCCUCAAGUCCGGCGGCACGCUAGAACUCUGGGAGAGUGACCACAUUAUCCGGUCGAUCAUGCCACACCCGCCACCGCCGCCAGGCAAGAAUCCCCAGGACUAUGCCUGCGCCGUGUCGACGGGAACCUUUUUGAUCUCGCACACUACACCCUUUAUGGAUGUUCAAAACAAGUAUCUCCAAGACUCGAAUGCGUGGAUCCAAGAAGCCCUGGGCCGACGCAAACUCUCCCCAACUCCAUGUUCCCGCAUGUCGGAGAUGCUGCUGCAGGAAACGGAGACACUGUGUGAAGUGGAAAACCGCAGAGUGGCGAUUCCUCUGGGCGAACCGCGCUGGGAGCGCGAAGCGGCAGGCGAAACCCUGAAGCGGCGAGGAAGUGAUGCCGGGAAACUCAAGGUGGGCAGUGAAUUGGUCGAGGGCUCUAUUCUGACAAAGGAGCAAGCGGCCAUUCGGCACACGGCGCUGCUGGUGGUCAUACAGCUGAUUGAGAGUCUAGAACCACUGCUCAAGGAAGUCAGUGGUAAGAACCAAGAGGAGUGGCAGCGCUACUGGAACUCGAUGAUUACAGACUUGCUGGAGCAAAGGGGGGCGUCGAGCGGAGAAUGUCUCGAGGUGGGAGUGUGGUGGUGCAAAAAGGUGUAAGAUAUUUGAUAGCAUACCCGUGUCUGUUUGUCUUGUUUUUGUUGUUUUUGUUGGGUUUUCUGUUUGUGAUAUCCCUCCGGCCUCCGGACAGGCCACAGUUUU